UCACAGUCUCAUCUCAUCCAUCCGCUUCGGUAAACCAAAACCUCUACAAAUUCUCACUCUAUUCUUCCAAUCUUCCCUCAGAUUUCUCGAUAUUCAACUCGAUUUCAUCGCAAAUGGCCGCCUCGAGAUCCCCGGCGCCGAUCCUCGCCGACGAACUCGACAUUGUGAUCCCCACCAUCCGAAAUCUCGAUUUUUUGGAGAUGUGGAGGCCCUUCUUCCAGCCCUACCACCUGAUCAUUGUCCAGGAUGGCGAUCCGUCGAAGACAAUCAAGGUUCCUGAGGGUUUUGACUAUGAGCUCUACAACAGGAACGAUAUUAACAGGAUACUCGGCCCCAAGGCCAACUGCAUUUCCUUCAAGGACUCCGCUUGCCGCUGCUUUGGUUAUAUGGUUUCUAAGAAGAAGUAUAUUUUCACCAUUGAUGAUGAUUGCUUUGUUGCCAAGGAUCCAUCUGGAAAGGAUAUUAAUGCGCUUGAGCAGCACAUCAAGAACCUUCUGAGCCCAUCGACUCCCUACUUUUUCAACACCCUUUACGAUCCCUACCGUGAUGGUACUGACUUCGUCCGCGGGUACCCGUUCAGUCUCCGCGAAGGUGUUCCUACUGCCGUGUCUCAUGGUCUUUGGCUCAACAUCCCUGACUACGAUGCCCCCACUCAGCUGGUCAAGCCCCUCGAGCGAAACACAAGGUAUGUCGAUGCUGUUUUGUCUAUUCCGAAGGGCACCCUAUUCCCCAUGUGUGGUAUGAAUCUGGCCUUCAACCGGGAACUGAUUGGCCCAGCAAUGUACUUUGGACUGAUGGGGGAUGGCCAACCUAUUGGACGGUACGAUGACAUGUGGGCCGGAUGGUGCAUGAAGGUCAUCUGCGACCAUUUGGGAUUUGGCGUGAAGACGGGGUUGCCCUACAUUUGGCACAGCAAGGCGAGCAAUCCAUUCGUGAACCUUAAGAAAGAAUACAAAGGCAUCUACUGGCAAGAAGAGCUGAUUCCAUUCUUCCAAUCCGCGACUCUUCCAAAAGACUGCACUACAGUUCAGAAAUGCUACAUUGAGCUCGCCAAGCAAGUCAAGGCCAAGCUCGGUAAAGUGGACGACUAUUUUAACAAGCUUGCGGAUGCCAUGGUCACAUGGAUCGAAGCUUGGGAUGAACUCAACCCGGCCGGACCUGGAGCUUCCUCAGCAGUCUCCAAUGGCGCCGCGAAGUAGAAAGAUUAUGGUUUGUGAGUUAAUAAUUUAUUUGGCUGGAUUUCUUGGAAGCAUGGUAAUUAUUUUUCAACAGCUUUAUGUUGCAACUGCGAAAGGGAUUUUGAUUUUCGGAUGAGAGAUUAUUUAAGACUAGGAUGGUUACCUUGUAUUUUUAUUACAUUUAUCGGUGUAUUUUAUAUAAUUUAUUAUUAUUAUUAAGAUAGGCUGUUUUUCUUUA